AUGCUUGCUGCUGCUGUGAGAGAGGAGGGGCCCCCUAUAGCAGCUUUUCGGUGGCGGCUGGUUCUCCGCAUCUGCGCUGCAUGCACUACUCCUGGGGCCCGCUGCUGCUGCGGCUCAGCCUCACAGCAGCAGCAGCAGCAGCAGCAGCAGCCGCAGCAGCAGCAGCAGCAACUGGACUUCGCAGGAAGGCGCAACACCUCGCAGGAUCGUCGGUUACAGGGACUUGCUGCCGCUGCUGCAGUUCCGCCAGCUACUGCAGCAGCGUCAGACCAAGGCUUUGCAGCAGCUGCAGCAGCUGCAGCAGCGCCUGCAACGAACGCUGCUGCUGCUGCGGCAGCAGCAGCAGCAGCAGGACCGUUCCCCCGCUCAACUCCACUUUCGGAUGCGUACUAUCCCGGCUCUGGAAACGCAGUAGCCAGUGCUGCUCCUUUGCUGCAGCAGCAGCAACAGCAGCAGCAGGAUGUGCUGCUGCAGCCCUUGACCCCGCGAGGGUCGAGCGGCCGCAGCAGCGGCGCAGCAGCAGCAGCAGCAGGCAGCAGACUUGCUGUUGAGCUGCAGCGCGCAGUGAUGGAAAAGAGGCGCCUUGAAGACAUGGUGCAGCAGCUGCUGCUGGAGAACGAAGAACUUAGGGCACAGAUGGAGCAGCUUGCGGAGAUUAAGGAGCAGUUUGUUGCUGCUCAAACUGCAGCGCGCGGCGAGAUAGGAGGCCUGCAGCAGACACUAAGGGAUGCUACGCAGCGAAUCGCGACAUUGGAGGCAGAGGCAGAGGGAUUGCAGGCAGCAGUUGCUGCUGCAAGGGGACGCGAGCAGCAGCAAGCUGCACUGCUGCAAAGAAUGCGUGAUUUCUCUGCGCAGCAGACACAGGCGCUGCGUGAGUUGCUGAUGUCCCAUCAGCAGCAGCAACAACAACUAGAGCAGGCGCUGCAGCAAGAGCAGCAAGAGCAGCAGCAGACUUCGCAGGCGCAGCAGCAGCAACAGCAGCAGCAACAACAGCAGCAGCAACAGCAGCAGCAGCAAGAUCAACAGCCACAGCAACCGCAGCAGCAGCAACAGCAGCAGCAGAAUGGUUACUGCAAGGAUAAGUCUCCUUUUGAGUUUGAGCACAACAGCAGCAGCAGCAGGUCUUCCUGCCGCGACGCUGUGUCGCCUUUGCCUCUGUUCCCCCCUGCUGCUGCUGCUGCUGCUGCUGCUGCUGCUGGGAGCAACAGCAACAGCAACAGCAAGAGGCGCCGCACAGAGGACCCACUAGACGACGAGCUCAACAACUAA